UAAGCAACUACGCAUCACCUCCUACAGUUAAAGUUUGUGCUCAAUGACAGCAGGCGUCAGCAGCAGUGCGGCUUGCUUACAUCGGACGCUCAACGACGCGCACAUUUUGGGGGAGCACCGGGAAGAUAAAGCGGCCGGAAAAGCCCACAGCAGAGAGGCUCCUUUAAAUAAAUCCACGUCUCGCCUUCUCUUCUGCGGCGCGUCGAACAAGUGUGAGAGAGGGAGAAAGAGAGCGAGGGGGGAGAGAGAGAGAGAAAGAGAGAGAGCCCCAGUAAACAACAACACGGCUGUGGUGAGGCUCCUUUCAUUUUUCGGCGAUUCGUCACUGCGGCUUCAGAUGAGGAGGAUAUGGCCCAGAAUUGAAUCGUGAGAGCUCUUCCGGAAGUGAAGCUCAGCAACAACAUAGCGCGACUUCUUUUGCUGUGGGGACAUCUAGCGGCUGAAAUAGUCGCUGCGCCUCCUUGCAGACAUGUUGGGCGCUUCUGGCGUCCCCGAGCUGAUCCCGCCGGCGGGGCCGCCAAUGCAACCUGGACCCGGGGCCCAGCACGGCCAAGGCAGCGGGCCCAGUGGUCCUAACCCUCAGCGGCUUGGCCAGAGGGCCCCCAAGCUGGGACAGAUUGGUCGCUCCAAGAAAGUGGACUUGGACGACGAAGUACUGGACGACAUCAUGAACAACAACGGCCAGUGUCCCGUGUCUCUCCCCAUGUCCUGAACCGGGAGACCUCCUUCCCAGUGUCUCCAUCUCGGCCUGCGGUCGUCUCCAAGCGAUGGCGCAACUUGGCCCGCAGAGGGCGCCGGCGGGAGCCUCCGCCCACAUUGUAAAAUACAAGCAAUUGAUUUCACCUCAUUUCAGACUUUCGAUGGCGCCGCACGUCCCGGGAGGUCUGCGGCGACCUGCCGACUGAGCUUCUGAACGAGUGCCGGUGAGAAGAUGCUGGUUCUGCACCCUCUUGUGAGGGCUUUACGACAUCUGGUUGUCCACUCGGCUAACCUCCAUACUGCUAACACUGGUAGUGUGCCUACUGUAUAACCCAGUGAAUGAAAGUUUUGUUAUUUAUGACAUGAGAAAAAAGUACUGAUUUUUUUUUGUUUGUAAAAUGUGAAGUUAUGUGCUUUCAAAGAAAUCAUUUCUAAUUGCUACUUUGUCAACUAUGAAGUUGUUUGCACUUUGUGGGGAUGCCCGUGACGCGUGUUCUUUGCAUGGAGCAUCUCUUUUUUUAAGGGCUACGUCGUCAUACUUUUGACACCGCACCGCUGUUGCCUGCAUGCUGAGCUGCCCGUGGCUGGAUGAGCCUGUAGAGUCGUGAAUGUUUUCGAGUCCCCUGCCAUGUUCUUGUCAAUCUACUGGAGGUUACGAUUUACUCAAGGAGCUGGUGGAAACAAGCUUGUGAUUUGCUGUGACAAUCACACCCUGACAAAAAGCACCAACUGACUAUUAAGGAUGAUCAUUAUUGUUGUACUGAGAUGCUCAUUCUUGUAUAAUGUGACUUUUGUUUUCUUCUAAUUUUUUGAGGGGGGGGGUUGGCUGUGAAAUUGUAACACUUAAAAACAAAACAAAAAAACGUUUAUUUGAUGUGGACUUUGUUGGCUGUUUGCAUGAAAGUGGACAACUUUUCAAAUCUGCAUCCGGGGAAAUAAACGUAUCUUUAUCGAG